CAAGCUUUCGAAACCAUAGGUUUAGGUCACUUGCAGAAAUACUUUCAGAUCACUCACCAACAUAGCCUGACAUCGGCAGAAAAAUUUGAACAUGCGAUCUUUUGCGAGAAAGUGUCCCAUUUUUACCAACUGAGCAUGUCGCGAACAACAGAGAAAGGAAGAAGUGGGAGACUUUCCUUCAGCUGUAUUUUUGGAAAGCAUGAAAGAAAAACAACAGGAAACCUCGUGGUGUGCUUCACGCAAAUGGAUGGUUAUGUGGAUCCAAUAUUUUAUUCUUUUAAGUCUUUUCCAAUUUGGAAAUUGAUUCACCAUUCUUCAAGCAGGCUUAAACCGAAAGAGAAGUUUGUCUGGCAUGAGAUAAAGGAUGCAUCUGAUGCAUGCACCCCACAUUACUUUGCUAUGAGUUUCAUUAAGGCUGGAGGUUUGGUCUAUGUUGUUGGUGGUGUGAAGGGCGAUGAGGAAGAGAGGCAAACUGCCCCGAGAGUUCAGUUGCAUCUCUCUCUGAACUCCUCUAGAAAACUCUAGAGCAGAGAUUAAGCGCCCAAUGCAUGGGGCAAAGUAUUACCCCCUUGUAGAGGAAAUUGAUGGUCGCAUCUAUGUUCUAUCUGGGCCCCUGCCCAACUAUGGAUCUCCUGACAUAGUUGACAUCGGGUUUGAGGUUUAUUAUCCUUCAGAGGAUAGGUGGGCUGAUCUGCCGAUUCCUCCUUUUCUCGAAAAAGGUAGUUACUUUGAGAUGUUUAGGGGCUUCUUUUCAUAUGUAGUGAUUGGUUCAAGGUUGUGUGUUUCGACUGGGGAAUACGCGUGUGCUUUUGACACUGUGCAGUGGGAGUGGGAGGCUUGUGAGUUAUUUUCUGAUUUCAUGCUUCAACCUGCCGAGCGUUACGUGCAACACCUAGAUGGUUGCGGUCCUCCAUUUUCUUUUGAGAAAAAAGCCAUCCUAUAUAAAGACAAUAUCUUCUUGUGCAUUAUACCUGCCUUCCAUCCUCCUGUCAAUGCCUUUCAAAUUUGUGAUGAGAAAGCGGUAAAAAUGCCACUUUUAUUGGAUGGCAUGCCAGGUGGAGUUGCUGUUGAUCUUGUUGAUUUAGGAGAUGAUUACUUUACUGUAAUGCUUUUUGAAGACGAAACAGAUAGACAUGCCGAAGAUCUGACAAUUGUCACUUUCAAGCUGCUUUCAGAAAGAAGGGGAGAUGGAGCUCUGAGUUGUGCAUUGGUAAGUACAAGGACUUGUAAUGCAACAGAGAAUGGCUUUACUGUGUCUCCCAUCUAUUCCUUCAUAUUGUAAGUUAACAAAGAUUCCACAACUUGCAUACCUGGAAACCAUAGGGAAGGAUGAGCAUGGUGGCCAUAGGGAGUGCCCAUCAUGCUGCAAUACGCUCCUGGAACGAUUCAGGUCUAUAAGACCUCUGCAUCUCUUCUUUGUGGUUAAAUAUUGACCCUGAAUUGAUAAUUAGGGGAAGAGGAGGUGGGUGUUUGUGGGAGGUGCCUGGGUCGAGCGACUGGACUCUCAGGGCCAGGCACACCCAUUUUCACUUCUAAGUUGAUGUUCAUCCAUAUCAUGGAAAUGGAAUGUGUAGAUGUGGUACUGAAAAUCAGUCUCGCUACCAGUGUGCAUUUUUUCCUCUUUGUUGGAUCGCUGCAAGGACCUGAUGGUGGUUCUUCCUUUCUUGCUUACACAAUUCAGGUUGAGCGAACUGAGCACGCCCCCUAAACAUAUAUACUCUUCUUGUUCUGAGUUUCAAACUUUUUAAUAAGCUUUCUUUGUCCUGAUAGUGUAUUUUAUUGUUAGUUAUUAGUGAAGCUGCUAAUGACUCUGCUCAUGCUGUCUCUCUAGUUCUUCUUUUUAUUUCAUCGAGACAAAAAAUACUCAUGCCUGUCUUAUGGAUUCUGCUGAUGCUAUGAAAAGAUUGCAGAUUGCACCUUUUUAAUUCCCG